CACCACGUGCCCCAAGCGCGAGACUGUACCGCAGGAGGAAUGGAGAUAAUUUUGUGAACCUCGGACCUAAUCAGAAUUAGAUGUGAAGGUGUUUGUUUCCCGGUUAUAUUUUUUAACCCCCUCUCCCCCGGUUGCUUGUGACGGCGACGGGAUUCAGACGGGUGACGCAAUCGGUUUGGCCCGCAAUCAUAGGAACGCACGCGAGCUCGUUACCGCAAGCAUCGAUCAGGAUGGCGGGCUGUCAGAAAAUCUGCGGCGCUCAACUGCACGAGCUGCUCGAGUCCAAACACAACGUGCUGUUCGACUGCGACGGUGUGAUCUGGAACGGAGAGACGGCGAUGGCGGGCGCUCCCGAGGUGGUGCGCGCGCUGAAGCAGCGCGGAAAGCGUGUGUUCUUCGUCACCAACAACUGCACCAGGCCCAGGCAGAGCUACGUGCAGAAGUUCGCGCGGCUCGGGUUCGCCGAUGUGGACGAGAACGAGAUCUUUAGCUCGGCGUACUGUUCGGCUGCGUACCUGCGCGACGUCGUCUCCUUCACCGGAAAGGUGUUUGCCAUCGGAUGCCCUGGCGUGCACACCGAGCUGCGGGAUGCCGGGAUCACCGUGAUUGAGGAUGAAGAAGACGCACCGGACGUCAACAUCUCUAACUGCGCACUGGACCCAGACGUGCGCGCAGUGCUUGUGGGCUACGACGAGAAAUUCAGCUUCAUGAAGCUGGCCAAAGCCUGCUGUUACCUGCAAGACUCUGAGUGUUUGUUUUUGGCCACUGACCCUGACCCUUGGCAUCCUCUGCGUGGAGGAAGAAUCACACCAGGUUCUGGGAGUCUCACUGCGGCUUUGGAAACCGCCAGCAGCAGAAAGGCCACGGUGAUCGGCAAACCGAGCCGUUUCAUGUUCGAGUGCAUCGCGAGUCAGUUUGAUUUAGACCCAGAGAGCUCUUUGAUGGUGGGCGACCGCUUAGAGACUGACAUCGUUUUUGGUGUUAACUGUGGCCUUUCUACUGUGCUCACACUAACGGGCGUCUCAACCUUCGAGCAAGCGCAGGUUUACAAGGACAGUGAUGAGCCUGAGAAGAAGGACUUUGUGCCUGAUUAUGUGGUGGAGAGCAUCGCAGAUUUCUUGGAGGCUUUGGAGGAGUAGGAAAGAAAAGACAGGAGUGCUUCUGAACUCCGUAUUAAACCCCAGAGCGCACAGCUUUUGCCUGGUACCCAAAACAGUUAUUACUGUAUGUUCAGUGCUGUUGUUCAUGGUGUACAAUUAUACGUACGUGUCAUCAUAGCUGGAGUUCUCAGUUUAUCAUCGCUGUAUUUGAUGACAUGGGGGCCAUGUGGUUAAAGUACUUGAAUGAAUAAUGUGCACAUUUUGAAAGGAGUAGCUUAGCCAAACAUAAAGGCAAAAAAAUUGUUUCCUUACCCCAGAUGUUGUUGAUCAUGAUUAAUGUUUCCUGGAGUUUGCUUCUUUAUUUUGUGAGGAAAAUGAAACCAUGAAAUAAGAGAAGCUUAGUUUCGGACCUGAUAAAAAUUUUUUCAACUGCUUAUAUCACUAGCAGAUAUAACAUUUAGAUAUUUUCAAUUCUAUGCAUAUACAUGUAAAGGAAGUGAAAGAAACGAGGGGUAGACUGCCACUUCUACAGUCUAGGAUUAAACCUCAACUGUUCACUACACAACUUGAAAAAACCUGGUUGGUUACAUCCAAAUGGAAUUAUAUCAGAUCUAAUAGCAAUAUCAAAAGCACAAGGUUUUUUAAGACCUGCCAGCUCCUGAAGAUUAAUAAUGAGAAUAAUUUAAUCAAAGCCCAAAACCUGUAGCAGAAGAUGUUCAGUCUUUGGAUCAUUGAUCAAACAAGUCCAUUGAUAAAAUUGCCUGUCCUUUAGAAAAUGAUGUUUUUAGAUGAAUGACAUUUUCUCACCAAAUUUUUGUUGUUUGAUUAAUAUUUGUGUCCAACCUUGGAUUUGAUGACUUUUGUUGGAAAUUUCUCUGUCAAAUAUCAAAUAUCCCUAACAAUUAACUAUUCAACUAUUAACUAAACUAAGUCAAACAUACUUCGUUGGAUUUUAUUUCACGUUAACAAAAAGAGCAACAAAAGAAGACAUUGAAGAUUGGCAGGUUUGUUAUGUGUUACUGGAACAUAAAUACUAAUAAAAAUACUUCAACUUUGACAUGAUCUGGCAACCCUUGUUAGAUAUGCACACCUGUAAUUUAUAAAGUGGUGGUGUUUUGAAAAUUAAGUAGACACUUCAGUAUCUAUAGACAGUGUCACUAAAGAACAUUUAUGAGCUGAACUGACUGGACUGCAUUUUCGUUAGUGUUUUACGUUCGUAGGAAACCAACUACCUCAUGUGACUUUUCCUGCUGUGUGUUUCAACCCCUCAAAUUCUUGAUUAUUAAGUAUUGUGCAAAUUAUUUGUAAAGAAUUUCUGAGCCAAACAACGGGUCGGUAAUGACGUAUCUCCAGGUUAAAAAAGAAAGAAAGAAAUAAUCAAAUCAGCUAUAUAUAUAUAUAUAUAUAUAUAUAUAUAUAUAUAUAUAUAUAUAUAUAUAUAUAUAUAUAUAUAUAUAUAUAUAUAAUUUAUUUUUUUCUUUUAAAAAGCAGGCUGAUCGGCUCCAUCUGGGUUCGCGGAAAAGUUUUAGUUUUAUCUAAACUAUCCCUUUCAGUGUUUUCUAGAUAUUCUGUAGACAGUCAUGCAAAAGCACAUCACCCCUGCUGUAAUUAUCCAAAAGCAUGACAAACGUAAUACCAUUUAAUGAAGAUACUCUUUGGGGCGAUGAUGAAACGGCAUGCCACACACGCCCAAAGAAAAAGGAAAUAUCUUUUUGAUAAUAACUUACUAAUUGUGUACGAUAUACCUGGAAUUUUCCUGUGAAAUCUAUGAAAAUGACUGAAAUGUUGAGAAUGUACUGUAGCGAGACUGUUGUGUUGUAUUAUUCCAAGACUGGUUGUGUAGUAAAAUCAUUUAAUCCAACGCUGACAUGAAAUUCUCCAUUCUGAUUGGUCAGUAGGUGUCGAGGGACAGCUCAAAGUUUCUACUGCGUUUCUGUUUCCAUACUAACGACUACAUGAAGUCAUAAAACGAGCCUGUAGUUUGUUUUGUGAAGCGCCAUAUAUGGUAAGUGACGAUAUGGUAACAUUUUAUUUAAGGAGAUCCUUGAUUUAGCAAUUUUGUAAGGAGUCUCCGGUGUCAGUGCUAUGUAAUGGUCAGACGUAAACUUUUGUAGUCUGGCAUAAUCUACCAUGACAACCUGCAUGUUUUUGUUUGUUUUUUGUUUUCACUUAUUACAGGAUGCUGGUGACAGGACGACUUUUCUAGCUGCUAUAACGUAAGGAAUGCCAGGAACUAAUUUGUUUUUAUAUUCGCUAAGUAUGAAAAUUUGUUAGAUUGGCAAAUUGCAUAGGUAAAAGAAAAAUAAAACUCUUCAGCGUGUGCUGUUAUUGCCAUGUUAGUCACUUCAUCCUGUGGUGUUUUAUUCUUUACAUGAUAUCUAAAUAUGCUGUGUAGCAUCUCUGUAGCUUUAGUUGCGGACACAAAAUAAAACAGACUUUUUCUCAUUGUUCUACAUUUUUGUCAUACAAAAUGACCAGUCAAGUUCAAACCUAAAGUGAUUGUCACUUAUGUUGUAUCCCGGGUUUUAUCCAGUGCUCAGUACAUGUUCUGUGUGUGUCUGGGGUUCUACAGUGGUAGCAGCUGUGUAUUCAUGAGCUCUUGUGCCAGUUUAACCAACACGUAACAUGUAACUGGACUUGACAUUUCUCUCAGUGUUGAUUUCUAUUGUUGUAUUCACUUUUCUAGCAGCUCUUCCUGUGUGGUGUGGUGUUUGCCUCGUCGCAUUCGACAUGUUCUCUGAAAGUUAUUCUAGAGCCUUCUAAAGCUGCCGUUUGGAAUUUAAUUAUUAGUGUAACUUAAGUGUUAACGUUCUCUCUCUCUCUUUUUUUUUUAUAUCAACCUACAUGUAAAUUUCCUAUAGAUUUGUGUCAUUUUUUAGAAUCAUAAUCUUACAGCUUUUCAUGAAAAGUGACCUUUGAUAAAAUAGCCUCGUAUUUAAUUUUUAAAGAACUCUUACAUCCAGUUUGAUAAUGUUUUAUUUUCAUGUUAACCUACAUUAUAAACCUAUUGAAUGUUUAGGUUUUGGCAUCAGUAAUGAGUGGAUGAAGUGGCUAUGAAAUACCUGUAUUGCUGUUUAUUAUAUUCUAAUAAUUAGUGAUCAGUGUUUGGUUCUUAACUGGACUUGUGUGACUAAUCUAGAGCUUGCGUGACUGUGUCCAAAUGUCUUUAGCUACACUUGGCAUUCUGUACCUGACUGAAUAUAAUUUUUUAAAUAAAUACUGUAUAAAGUAAUGAAUUUAUUUAUUGCCAAACACUGCUGUCAGAAUAAUGUAUACAUGCUGUGACCUGGUUUGGCAUUUCUGCUAGUACAUGUGUGUGGUGGUUAUAAUUGCCUUUCCUAAUAAAACAGUUCCCUGAUAUUGAAA